AUGGAUGGAAUAUCGGCUGCAGCUAGCGUUAUCGCGGUCAUCCAACUGACAGGGAGUAUCGUGAAAAUUUGUGGGGGUUAUAUUAAGGAGGUGAAGGAUGCUCCAAAGGACGUUGUUUCCUUGCAAAAGGAGGUUGAAGAUCUGAGAGAAAUUCUUGAGAAGCUCUCAGGCCUCAUCCAUGGCACCCACGGCACGAAGCUGUCAACCUCCCGGGCGUUGGUCGAUGGGACCAUUAAUUGCCUUGCGCUCCUCCAAGACUUAGAAGGGAAGAUCGAUCCCGGGAGAGGGAAAAAAGCGAUGAGCAAAGUCGGGCUUCGGGCCUUGAAGUGGCCCCUAAAACGUACCGAAGUGGAGAGAAUAAUGAAGGAUAUCGACAGAUACAAAACAACAUUCAGUCUAUCCCUGCAGAUUGAUCAGGCGACAACUUUUAAUGAUAUAACUCAGACUGCCGACCGUAUCGAGCGAAAUCUGCAUUUAGACCAGUUGCCAAUCGCGCUUGGGGCUGAGCUUGACUCGUAUAUGGAUCAACAUGAAGAUGAAUGCCUCCCAGGGACUAGAACCGAGCUCCGUCGCCAAAUUGCUGCAUGGGCUGUGUCACCACAAGGGAAAUGCAUAUUUUGGUUGAAUGGUAUGGCGGGAACGGGGAAAUCGACCAUCUCCCGAACCGUGGCAAAAUCGUUAAAACAGGCGAAGGUACUAGGAGCGAGCUUCUUCUUCAAGAGGGGAGAAGGUGACCGUGGAAAUGCUGCGAAGCUUUUUCCGACUAUCGCAAGACAACUUGUGGUUAGCCUCCCUCAACUCAUCCCAGGUAUUCAAAAAGCCAUCAAUGAUGACCCCAGCCUUGGAACAAGGUCGCUAAAGGAGCAGUUUGACAAAUUGCUUCUCCAACCACUGCUCAGCUUGGAACACUCCACUGAGCAGAUCCCAACCACGGUGAUAGUGCUCGAUGCCUUGGACGAAUGUGAAGGGGAUAAUGACAUACGUGUCAUACUCCAAGUACUACCUCGGCUCCGGGAGCUGAGCGCCGUGCAUCUCCGCAUUUUUUUGACAAGUCGACCUGAUUUGCCAAUCCGACUAGGAUUUUCGGGAAUCGGGCAUCAGGUCUAUCAGGAUCUGGUUCUCCAUGACAUCCCGGAGGCAAUUACAGAACACGAUAUAUCUUUGUUCCUGAACUGGCAGCUUUUACAGAUCAGAAACGAACGCUCACUCCCCGUCGACUGGCCUGGAGACACAGAUACCCAAGCUCUUGUGACAUUAUCUGUUCCGCUAUUUAUCUUCGCUGCGACCGUAUGCCGCGUUUUUGAAGAUCCCCAGUGGGACCCCGUGGAUAGUCUCACCGAGAUUCUCACCCAUCGACGUGAGGGAUCUCAACUGAACGGGACAUAUCUUCCUGUGCUGAAUCGGAUUAUCAACAACCAGGAUGGGAAACGAAGAAUGCAGCUGAUUCAAGAAUUUCGGGAGGUAGUGGGUUCAAUCGUGAUGCUUGAGAGCCCACUCUCGAUAACCUCACUUUCGAGGCUUAUUGGUGUCUCUGAGAGAAUGAUCGAGUUGAGACUAAAUUCAUUGCACUCGGUGAUUCGUAUACCCGAAGACAAGACAAAGCCGAUACGGCCUUUUCAUCUAUCAUUUCGAGACUUUCUCCUUGAUCCAGAAACACGCAAGAAGACUGACCUCUGGGUAGACGAGAAGGAGAUACAUCAAAGAUUGGCCAUACAGUGCCUUUCCGUGUGCAACAAUUUGAAACAAAAUAUUUGUGGACUACCAAGUGAUGGGAUUCGGCGUGUGGAAAUUGAUCCCAGCACUAUAAAUCACUGUCUUACCCCAGAACUGCAAUACUCUUGUCGUUACUGGGCAUAUCAUCUGGUGCGAAGCUCUGAUUUGGAUACUGUGAUUCAUCUUGCUCUCUUAUUCCUCCAGCGGCAUUUCCUGCACUGGGUAGAAGCAAUGAGCCUACUAGGUCUUAUGUCAGAGGUUGCUAGGAUUAUUAGUCUUUUGCACAAGUGUGUUCAUAGUGAUACCAAUUCUGCAAUGUCUGAAUUUCUACACGAUGGAAUGCGCUUUGUUCUAAAGAACCACCAGAUAACUGAUCAUGCGCCCCUCCAACUUUAUUGCUCAGGGCUUCUAUUUGCACCCAGAACGGCAAUGAUCCGAAGGCAAUUCGAAGCAGAGCUCCCAGGUUGGAUAUACUUCCCAGAGGGUAAAGAAAGCUGGAGCGCAGAGUUGCAGAGUCUCGAGGGUCAUUGGAACUCGGUUGAGUCAGUGGCUUUCUCGCCCGACGGCCGGCUACUAGCGUCCGGCUCCAACGAUAAGACUAUCCGGCUCUGGGACACAGCGACAGGCGCCCUACAGCAGACUCUUGAGGGCCAUACGAGAGCAGUUCAUUCGGUGGCCUUCUCGCCCGACUGCCGGCUGCUGGCGUCUGGCUCCGGCGAUGCGACCGUGCGGCUCUGGGACAUAGCAACGGGCGGCCUGCAGCAGACCCUCGAGGGCCAUUCGGACUGGGUUUCGUCAGUAGUCUUCUCUCCCGACAGCUCGUCAGUAGUCUUCUCUCCCGACAGCUCGUCAGUAGUCUUCUCUCCCGACAGCUCGUCAGUAGUCUUCUCUCCCGACAGCUCGUCAGUAGUCUUCUCUCCCGACAGCUCGUCAGUAGUCUUCUCUCCCGACAGCUCGUCAGUAGUCUUCUCUCCCGACAGCUCGUCAGUAGUCUUCUCUCCCGACAGCCGGCUACUAGCUUCUAGCUCUGAUGGCACUAUCCGGCUCUGGGACACAGCAACAGGCGGCUUACAACAGACCCUCAAGGGCCAUACGGAGUCGGUUUCGUCGGUGGCCUUCUCGCCCGACGGUCGGCUACUAGCGUCUGGCUCUGAUGACACUGUCCGGCUCUGGGACACAGCGACAGGCGGCUUACAGCAGACCCUCAAGGGCCAUACGGAGUCGGUUUCAUCGGUGGCCUUCUCGCCCGACGGCCGGCUACUAGUGUCUGGCUCCCGAGAUAUGACCGUCCGGCUCUGGGACACAGCGAUGAGCAGCCUACAGCAGACCUUCGAGGGCCAAACGGACUCGGUUGAGUCAGUGGCUUUCUCGCCCGACGGCCAUACGGACUCUGUUUCGUCGGUGGCUUUCUCGCCCGACGGCCGGCUACUAGCGUCCGGCUCCCACGAUGACACUGUCCAGCUCUGGGACACAGCGACGGGCGGCCUACAACUGACUCUUAAGGGCCAUUCGGACUGGGUUUGGUCAGUAGUCUUCUCGCCUGAUGGCCGGCUGCUAGCGUCCGGCUCCCACGAUGCCACUAUCCGGCUAUGGGAUACGGCGAUAGGCGCCCUACAACAGACUCUUGAGGGCCAUACGAGAGCAGUUCAUUCGGUGGCCUUCUCGCCCGACGGCCAGCUACUAGCGUCUAGCUCCUAUAAUAACACUAUCCGGCUCUGGAACACGGAAACGGGCGGCCUACAGCAGAGCCUCAAGGGCCAUACGAGCUCGGUUUUGUCGGUGGCCUUCUCUCCCAACGGCCGACUACUAGCGUCCGGCUCCCUUGAUGAUACCACUGUCCGGCUCUGGGACACAGCGACAGGCGACCUACAACAAACCCUCAAGGGCCAUACGGAGUCGGUUUUGUCGGUGGCCUUCUCGCCCGACAGCCGGCUGCUGGCGUCUAGCUCCAGCGAUGCGACCGUGCGGCUCUGGGACAUAGCGACGGGCGGCCUGCAGCAGACCCUCGAGGGCCAUUCGGACUGGGUUUGGUCGGUGGCCUUCUCGCCCGACGGCAGGCUACUAGCAUCCGGCUCCGACGAUGAGACAGUGCGGCUCUGGGACACGGCGACGGGAGCAAUGCAAGAGACGUUGAACCCUAAGGGAACUGUCCAGAAACUCAAAUUUUCUCGAGAUGAUCCAAAAGAUUCUACACAUCGCAAUGGUAAGUUACAGCGAGAAAAAGAGUACACAUCAUACGACACUAAGCACUACUCGGUUAUCAGCAAGAUCAGGCCUCAGGAUGAGAUGAUGCGUGUUCUGAAGGAGGCUGCCGGGGAGGAUACUGCUCUGUUAAUGAGCCAACCAAAUGCGGAGGGUACAACUCCGCAGGACUUACUGGAGGAGACCAGAAAUCGGUGGCAGGGAUGGGAUCAACCCAUACCAGGCCUCGGAAGAGGCAGAGGCAGAGGGCGGCCAGUAGAAGCAUACUUACAGUUCAAGAAGAAUAUCUCAUAA